CACCCGAUUAAAAACAGCCAGCGUACAUUACAUUACAUCCUGAUCAAUUAACCAGCCACAUCAACUUUUACUUCCAGAACUUCUCUAUUAUCAUAGACUAAAAAAUGAUAGAACAAAGGCCAACUCAAACAUGCUGCAAAAAUGAAUUAAUGUUAUAUUAGAAGGCCAUAGUCACUUUGAAAGAUUCCUCUUCUCUUAAAACCAAUUUCACUCACAUUUACUUAAAAAUGGCUGUCGGCUUAGCAGGUAACAGUAACAGUGGGUAAUGACUUAAGACUCUUGGGGAGUUAAUUGUAGGCCUGAUUCAUAUUCCUUUUCCAGUUCUCAAACCAAUUCUCAACAACGUAAAGAUGAGGCCACAGUCUGACAGUUCACCAAAGAGCGCUGAUCUAGGAUUCGCUGUGGGCCUGCAAAUAAACCUUGUACAGGCUGUGAGUCUAUCACGGCCUCACUUCUUCUCUCCCUCUUUUGUCCUCCAGGCGUCCCGCGAAGGUGAGCCUGUGGCUGUGCCAGGAGGACAGCGCCCAGGUGUGAGCAAGACAGGCGCAAUUAGCGUCUCCCGACUCCGCGCCUCCACCCGGCGGCCUCAUUCCCCGCGCUCCUCCAGCGGCGGGCGGGGCGGCCGCCAAGGAAGACGUCAGAAUGUGCGACACAUCACGACCGGCUGUCGUCAGGGUCUCGAGAGGGAGGGGAGCCAGGCUCGCUCGGGCAGCACAGGCCCCCGUCAGGAGUGGAGUUCGGGGUGUGACGGGGAGAAACCCAGCUCUGGCUCGUCCAGGGAACCCAGGCCGCCUCAGCAAGCCCGUGGCGCCGGGUCCCCGACGCGGCCUAGCGUCCCCGACCCUCGGCCGGGCCCGGGCCCUGGCGCCCCCUCCCCCCCGCCUCCUUUUGUCGCAGGGGCCGAGGCGUUACCUCGCGUCCGGUCGAGCAGCAGCCGACGACGCUUACCUCCUCUGCGCCCGAGACCCGGAGGCCUGAGACCCCGAGGCCCGCUGCCGCUGCCAUCGCUUCAGACGUGGGGCCCGAAGGCCUCGCCCCUCCCCUCCCCCAAGCGAAUUUUGUUGCUUACACCAAAGAACCCGAUGAAACCUUGAAGGCAAACCGGUUUUACACUGAAGGAAACCUUGAAGGCAAAGUUAAGGAGGGGGAAUUAUCUAAUCAAACUGGCGCAUUGGAAACAGUAUUCUGGAAACACUAUGUUGGAUGGACUGGGAGAGAGACUGAAGUGAAGGAUACCAGUUAGGAGGCUGUUCUAGUAGUUUUAGAACUAGGCACUGAGGACCUGGACUAAGGUGGUAGCAGUGAUAAUGAGAAGUAAGAGAUAUGUAUGAGAGACAUUAUUAAUAAGAAAGAACAGGUUUUGGAUACUGAUUUGACAUUAGCUUUGCAGGAGACAGAAAAGUCAAAGAUCAUGCUGAGAUUUCAAAACUGAAGGACAGUAUGAUGAAUGAGAAGUCUGUGAGAGACUGAGGAGAAACAACUAGAGAAAUACAGUGAGAAACAGGGUGUUGCAAUAUCAUGUGAACCAGUGGAGGAGAGAUUGACAAGUUGUAGGGGAUGAUCAACAGUGUCAGAGGCUAUGGAAGAAAAAGUUCUAGAAAUAAGAAAAGUUCUCAUCAUUCUUCAAUUUAGCUGAAAUCUCAGAAAAACAAGAAGAGUUUUCAUUAUUGACUGGGAGAAAAAACCAUUGGAUGUAGCAUUAUUUGUGACCCUCCAGAGCAGUGGUUCUUAACCCUUUUUUGUUCCAUGGAUCCUUUGGCAGUCUGGUAAGGCCUAGAGAUCCCUUCUCAGAGUAGUGUAUUUAAAUGCAUACAAUAAAAUAUGUAGGCUUUUAAAAGAAGUCAAUUAUAUAGAAAUGUAGUUAUCAAAAUAUUUUAAAAUUUGGUGAUACAGUAACAUAUGUCUAAUUUAUCAAUGGACUGAAUAACAAGACAAUGCACUUAAAAUACAGGCAAUUUAAAAUUAGGUUUUAUUUUCCAAAAGACAUAUCAGUGUGAAGGUUGUUGUUGCUUAGCUUGAAUAAAAACACUAAACUUUGGAGUGGUCUUUGGCUCACUUCCUUCUGUGUGUUGAUCAAUUAUCAAUUAUAGAUAGGGAAUAUCAGAAGGUGACUUAUAUACUUGGCUCACCAAUAUGAGAACAUGUGACUUCAGUGUUUGGCGGCUGAAUGACCAGUAGGAGCAGAAUUGUCCAAUAGUUGGCUAUCUAUGUGGACAAAGCAUCUGUAGACAGGAAGACUGCACUCAUGUACAAUCUAAUAGCUACCCUAAUUCCAAAGUAGCGAUGAGUAUAAAUGGCAUUUUAAGAUGUAUUCAAUGACAGUUAUGUGAUAUGAAAAUAUCUGUGGCUCAUGUUGGUGACAGACUCACAGGUACUACUAAUCUUACUGUGAUUUUCUACCUAUAUUCAUAAUAGAGGCACAUGUCAAUUUUCAGUUAGAGGUUAGUGAAAAUCAAAAUUUAAUUUUUUCUGACGCAAGUUCUGAGAACCCUGAAUUUUUGUGGGUGAAUAUCAUCUUAGGAUCCCCUGCUUAGAAUGCAGUUUCAGUUACAAGAAAGAAGUGGAAGUAAAAUGAAGUGGCAUGGUAGCCACAUUGCAAAACGGAAAGUGUAGAUUAUUGAGAAGUUUAAUUAUGGGACAGAGGAAGAGAAAUAGAGCUCAAAGAAGUCAGCAGAUCAAGACAAGAAUGUAUUUGUUUGCCUGUUUUAAUUUGAGGGUGAGGAAACCAAAGCAUGCAUGUGGUUUAAGAGAAAGGAAGGGGUUGAAAAGAUGAAAUAAAAGAUCACAGACAGAGAGAAGGCAAUUGAUGGAGCAAGGCUUCAGAGAUGUUGAGAUGAAAUGCGAUCAAGGGCAUAAGUGAAAAAGCCUGGAAACAAUAAACACCACUUCCUCAGAUAUAAAGAAUAGAACAUGGUCUUCUGUAGAUUUGGAAGAAUGAAACAUUUAUUUCCCUGCAAUUUCCUUUGCCUAAAAGUUGUCUCAAUUUAUGAGAUGUUUCCCAAGAUCAGCUUUAGAAAAGGUUGUGUAUAACUGAUUAUUUCAUAGUAUACUGGCACCUUAGAAUAUUAUUUUUUCUAUGACAAUGACUUUUAAAAAUCUCUACUACUUCACUAUAAACAAAGAUCAUACUUUUCCUUAACCACACAAUUAUGAUUCCCACAAUACCCCAAUACCGCAAGACUUCUCUUCUACCCAUGUCCUACUUACUUUCCAAGUAAUGCAUUAUCUCUUGUAGUUAUUCUUUCCUCUUGAUAUCUUUCUAUUUCCCAUCUACAUAAAAGUUGGCUCCGGUGAGCUUUCCUUGAUUUCUAAGUGUUAUUUUUCUAUUUUUCUAUUAAACUAGCCUCUUUGAUUAUUCUCUUAGAUUAAUUUUCAAACCACAUAAUAGAAUAACAACAUUAUCUAUUAACAUCUUGUACAGUCCCUAAGGUAGAUGUUUUUAUAAUGGGAAUUGGCCAUCUUCAAAAAGAAUUGAAAUCUUGGAAAACUUGGAUUCAAUUUGGCUUUUUCUGAUGAGCCUUCUCUGGAAAAUUACUGCAGUGCCUCUGCUCAAUGGCCAGACAUGAACUGGAUUUACAUCACUGAUGAUUAAAUGUUUGAGGAGGAGAAAUAGAACCUACUGUCUUGUCAUUUGUUCCAUUUGCCUAUGUUUGAUCUCACUGUGCAGCAUGAGGAGUAGUUUCUGGAACAUUAUUAUUGCUGGGAUAGUCACUAUUUAUUAAAAAUAAAUACAAUAUUGAUAUUCCCUUACUAAACGGGUAGAAUAUAUAGAGUUUUGUUUCCCUGAAAUCUUUCUAAGAAUUCCCGUUGCUAUGAUAAUACACUUCAAUUUUUUUAUACCUAAGAUACUGCCUAAUAAGAGAUAAUCUGUUUAAGGAACUGGAAUAAAUGUUUUGUUGGAUUUGUGUAAUGUGUAUUAUUAUUUGAGCAGGCUGACUCCUAGAGGGCAGCAGUCUUGAAUGACACAUAGCACUUAAAUAUUUCAAUAGUAGGUCAAUUGACUCAGUAAAGGGGUUAUUUUCCAUUCUCUCAAAGUUUGUGAUCAUCCAUCUGCUUCUCAUUGUGUUUCAGGUCAUCUUAACCCUUCAAAGACAAUAUUAUCAUAAUCAACAUAUGUUUAUUGCACCUGUACCUGGUGCAGAUUACUGUAUUAGGCAAUGUGGGGUUACAGAUGACAAAUUAAGAAUGGCCUUUGCUCUUGAAUAACUUAUAGCCCACAGAAUCCUGAAAUGACACGUGCCUUAGCCAGUUGGUUUUGGCCUCCCAUUUCCUUCCCACGUUCUGGAACAU